UGAAAAUUAAACAUUGAAUGACCGAAAUGUCAAUGCAUCUGUGACCAAUUGAGAGCAAAAGGCGGCAGGCUUCCAGCUCAGUAACUGCAUAGGUUAUGAUGGGUUGAGAGAUGUGUUGAUCAUUACUGCGGUCAGACUGAAUCCCUGCUCCUCUAAUGAGUGACGAGCAGUGGGCAGCAGCACAAUCACCUCCCCAUUUGUUCUUCUUAUCUGAGUCAUGAGUUUAUAUCAUGACUUGGCAAGCAGCACAAAUUAUUCAACUGCUUCUCAGGCCAAUAAACACCAAGCUGUCAGCUCUUAUUUCGGCUCUCUUGCAUAAUGAAGUGAUGUCCGCUCACACAGAAGUGGAGAUGACCCAAUUGGACAGGGUGUUGUUGUCUCGAUUUGGCAUAUGUGUGGACAGAUCCAGGUGGAGUUUUAGACAGUCCACUUUACUGCCUUAUGGGUUUCAAGUACAAGGAAGCAACACGAUGACGCUAAUCAUCCAACAAACUGCUCAAUUAUUGAGACUUCUGAAAACAAACAUAAAAUACUGAUGGACCUUGUGAGAAGACAUAGCCUAUAGAACAUUGGAUCAAUCAAAUGCUCUCUAGAAUGAAGUGCACCAAAGAAAGGGGCAUUCUCACAACACGUCCCAGGACAUUCAAGUUGUUUAGGUCCCAGAACUGAGAAGGUCUCUGUUUCUUAAUUGUUCCUGAAGAUAUACCUGAAGAGGAGCUUCACUUCCACAGCCCGUUCGAAGUACUUUCUAUUUUUGAGGAAACAUGGCACUUGCAGGACACCUGAAGCAAGAUGACAUUGCUGCAGCUAUCCAGGCUUGUCAAGCCCCAGGGAGUUUCAACUACCAGACGUUCUUUGAACACGUGGGCCUGGCAGGCAAAGCUGCUUCUGAUGGGGAGAAGGUGUUCAAGGCCCUGGACCAGGACAAGAGCGGAUACAUUGAAAAAGAGGAGCUGAAACGCUUCCUCCAGAACUUCUGCCCGAAAGCCAGAGAGCUCACAGAGGCCGAGACCAACACUCUCCUGGCAGCUGGGGACAGUGAUGGAGACGGCAAAAUUGGCAUGGAAGAAUUCUGCGGCUUGCUGAAAUGAAAAUAUGGUGAAUGUCUUCACUGAGUUGAACUUCAUUUCAUGAUUCUCUCUUAUUUAUUUGCAUGCAUUAUCUGUGAUUGCUUUUUAUGUGAGUUGCUUAUUAAAAUAUGUUUAGCAAGUAAAAGUGCAAAUUGG